UAUUUCCGGUACAAGUAGCACGUUGUUCGGAAAUAUGGCCCAUUUUGAUCCUCCACAAAUUCAAGAAAAUCCCAAUGGAUGGGGUCCUUGCCAAGUUCCAGAGAAGUUUAAGGAUAUGCCUUAUCAACCAUUUUCAAAAGACGUUAGGUUGGGAAAGGUUUCUGAUUGGACUGGAGGAACAUACCAAGAUAAAAGAUAUUUAGGAAAGUACAACUCUGCAUUUGGUGGUGGCAGUCAGUAUGCAUAUUACCAUGAGGAAGACGAAACCACGUUCCAGUUGGUGGACAGCUCCAAAAUACAGCGACCGAUGUACCAGCGAGGCCGCAGACUUUUCCAGCAGAACAAGCAGCGCCGUGAGCGUGAGCGUCGCCAGCAGAAUCAGGCCAGCAUGCAGGUGUUGUCCAAGACGCAGAAGAACCGAGAACGUGAUCGUCAGAGGUUGUUGAAGAAAUGGCAGAAGCAGUUUGGUAAACAGAUGCAAGAAAAUCGACAAAAGGUUCCUCUCAAACACCGAGACGCCUCUGUGCAGAUUAAGGAUGACUGGAAGGUUGUGGAAGAAAUGGAUUUUCCCCGUUUGACCAAACUCAAUCUGCCACAGAUAGAGGAGAGCAAAGAUCUCGUGAAAUGCGGUGCUAUGGAAUACUACGACAAAAAAUACGACCGAGUUACAACUAAGAAUGAAAAGAAGCUGAAGCGCAUCAACCGCAUCUUUCACAAAGUCACCACCACCGACGACCCCAUAAUACGACAGCUGGCUAAAACCCAAGGAAACGUGUUCGCGACAGAUGCGAUUCUGGCAACGUUGAUGUGUUGUACGCGGUCCACCUACUCAUGGGAUGUGAUUGUACAGCGAGUGGGAAACAAACUUUUCUUUGACAAGCGAGACGACUCGGAGUUUGACCUGCUCACUGUCAGCGAGACGGCCACGGAACCCCCCCAGGAGGAGGGUAACAGCAUCAACUCCCCCCACAACCUGGCGCUAGAGGCCACCUUCAUAAACCACAACAUCUCACAGCAAGUCCUUAGAAUGGGAGAAGACAAAUAUGAAUUUGAGAAGAAGAACCCUUUUAUAGUCUCGGAUACAGAUGCAGAAGUCGCUUCUGUGGGAUACAGGUAUCGGAAGUGGCAGCUUGGAAAUGACAUUACCUUGAUAGCCCGGUGUGAACACGAUGCCAUAAUGUAUGGACCAAACGGAGAACUGCAGUAUAUAAACGUUAAAUCUCUCAACGAAUGGGAUUCUCGGUUUUCUGGUGGUGUGGACUGGAGAAGUCGCCUUGACAAUCAGCGAGGUGCUGUUCUGGCGACGGAGUUGAAAAACAACAGUUGUAAGUUGGCCAAGUGGACAGUGUGUGCUUUGCUGGCUGGUUCAGAUCAGCUCAAAUUUGGUUACGUAUCUCGAGUUCAAUACAAGGACUCAGCUAAGCACGUUAUUCUGGGCACUCAGCAGUUUAAGCCUAUUGAGUUUGCGAGCCAGAUCAACCUGAAUAUGGACAACGCCUGGGGCGUUCUCCGCUGUAUCAUUGACACGUGCAUGAAGCUGAAGGAAGGGAAAUAUCUUAUAAUGAAAGACCCUAAUAAGCCUGUUGUUCGUAUUUACGAUAUUCCUGACAACACGUUUGAGUCUGACGAGGAAGAGGAUGACUCCUCAUCGGAGGACGAUGAGGACAGUGAAUCUGAAGAUGAAUUGGACAAGUGAUGCUGUGAGGGUGGAUGGUGGUGUGUUACAUCAUGGUUACACCAGCUACAUCAUUGUUACACCAGCUACAUCAUGGUUACACAUGUUAUGGCAUGACUACAACCAUCUCAGAAUGGUCUGUUUAAGUUACAAUGGUUUUAGUUUCAACUGAUACAUCUACGGACUGAUCAUGGAAUGUAAAAUGUGCUGAAAAUAUUCUUAUUGUAUUGACUGAUACAUGCUAAAAUAUUCUUUCAUUAACUUUCUUUCUAUAUUUUAAUUAAAUUAAUUAGAUAAAAAAGGUGACAUUAUUUGUGGUGUUUGGUAUGGUUCAUACUGAAGGUCAUUAUGACCUUCUUGUCUUGUGCUGACUGAAGACAUUAUAAUUGAUUUUUAAAUCAAAAUUAAUUAAUUGAGAUUUGCCAGUGAUUAUGGGAAAUAAAAUAUUCUUAUUCCC